AUGCUCCGCAUCUUCAACCACAUGGUCCCCUACCCCCGGCCCAAGGGCUUCCUCGUCCCAGACCCGGAAGUCUACAAAGGCCUGGACGCAAUCCAACAGCAUGGCACCGCCACGUCAGACCUCGCCCAGCGCACAGGACGCGUCCGCUGCCUCGCCAUUACGCAGCAGGAUAAACUCCGCGAAGAGCUAGCCUACCUCAAAGAAUGCCAGCUCCACGACCACGCGCGCAUGGACGAGGAUUACGGAAUGAGGAUGCAGGGCUGCAAUAUGCAGUUCCGGCCUGGUGGACUCGGUUCUGGUGCUGCGGAUAUGUACCCGAGGAAGAUGUCGAAUAAUGACAUCUUGAUGGCGAAAAGGAUUGAGAAGUGCUAUCGGAGGCGGAUGAAGGAGUUGAAGGAGGAGAAGAGGAAGAAUGCGAUUUGGUUGGAUUUGUGGUAUGAUCAGCAGGUUGUUAAGGUUGAUCGCCUGUUGAGGAAGGAGUGGGAUCAGAGUGGGGAGUGUGAGGGAUAUCCGUAUUGGGCGGCGGAGAGGCGCGAGGUGAAGCGCAAGAUGAAGCGCAAGGUGAAGCGUUCUGCGAAGUAA